AUGGAUCGCGAAUUCGAUGAAUACCUCGAGCAACAAGGCGUUUCGAGGCUUCCAAUGAUGGGAUUUGCUCCAUUUUCGCAAGCCUUCAAUGUCUUGGCUACGGGAAAUCUUCCCACGCCGGCGCCGAACGCCAACGUCCAAGAAGAGCCGGAGGCUGUGAAGCCGAAAGCCAAGGGCACCCGCGCUGCAUAUUCUAGCGAGGAGUCCGAGCUCGUGGCAAUCUUGUGGGCGGAGGCAACCCACAGUCCUAUUUUGGGGACCUCCCAAAGGUUGCUCCAAUAUUGGGGAGCAAUCGCGGAGAAGUUCAACGCGCUUAAUGAGUCGGGAGCGCCGCCGCGAAAGGCGGAACAUCUCAAGUCCCACUUUGCCCGUGUCCAAAAGGAGACGAAAUUCUUCGAGGGCUUCUACAACACUUGCAAGGAGAAUUGGAGGAGUGGUAUGAGCGACGAUCAAAUCACCCAACAAGCCCAGACGAUGUUCGAUGCGAAUUUCAAGAAGCAAUUCUCCUACAUCAAAGCUUGGAAAGUGCUUCGCGACUGCGAAAGAUUCAUGUCGCAAGCCGGGAUGUCCACUCCGCAAAGAAGUCGAAGGGCUCCGAUGUUUGUUGACUAG